GGCCUCCCGGACGAACCGCAGUCACCGAGUGCCUUAGGCUUGGCCAAACUGCCUAGAAACACGGCGCCAAGCAAGACCUGGCCCCAGCUCUGCUGGGAUGUUGACGAAUCCUGUGGAUAAAACGGGAUAUUGGUAUCAACCUAACAGAUCCUAUGUUCAGAGGAAUUUAUAGGGGGGCUCAGAAGCACCAAGAUGAUUUGCAGGAUGUAAUAGAGAGAGCUGUCCAGAUUGGUGUUGAAAAGUUUAUGAUUACAGGUGGAAAUCUACAAGACAGUAAAGAUGCGCUUCAGUUGGCACAAACAAAUGAUAUGUUUUUCAGUACAGUUGGAUGUCAUCCUACAAGAUGUAGUGAAUUUGAAAAGGAUAACCCUGAUCUUUACCUAAUGGAGUUGCUCAGUCUUGCUGAAACCAAUAAGGGGAAGGUUGUAGCAAUAGGGGAAUGUGGACUUGAUUUUGAUCGACUUCAGUUUUGUCCCAAAGAUACUCAGCUCAAAUAUUUUGAAAAACAAUUUGAACUGUCAGAGAAAACAAAAUUACCAAUGUUUCUUCAUUGUCGAAAUUCACAUGCUGAAUUUUUGGACAUAAUGAAAAGAAACAGAGACCGGUGUGUGGGUGGAGUGGUGCAUUCCUUUGAUGGUACCAAGGAAGCAGCAGCUGCUUUGAUUGACUUGGACCUUUAUAUUGGUUUUAAUGGUUGCUCACUGAAAACUGAAGCUAAUUUGGAAGUUCUGAAGUCAAUACCUAGUGAAAAGUUAAUGAUUGAGACUGAUGCACCUUGGUGUGGAGUCAAAAGUACACAUGCUGGAUCAAAAUAUAUAAAAACUUCAUUUCCUACCAAAAAGAAGUGGGAAAAUGGGAAUUGUUUAAAAGACAGAAAUGAACCCUGCCACAUAAUUCAAAUACUGGAGAUAAUGUCUGCAGUACGAGAUGAGGAUCCACUGGAAUUAGCCAAUACGCUAUACAACAACACCACUAAAGUAUUUUUUUCUUGAUAUUAAUUUUAUGUCUUCCAUUUUCCAUCACAUAUGUGAAAUUUCAUGGUGAAAAAACCCAGUGCAUGUUCAAUAAAGAAAAUUCUCUGGGAGAUUUCUAAAGAUGUAUCUCUGUACCAAUCCUUCCCUAAUUAUUUAUUCAUAAAAUUGGAUCUAAUUUUCUUUAUCACUCAAUGCCUAUUUUUAUUGUGUAGUCUCAUCUAGACUGAAAGGAAAAUUUUAUGACACC